AUUUAAGAAACUAUUUACAACAAAAUAAUAAAAAACUUACUUGGAAAGAAAGAAUUCAUAUUGUUGAAAAUAUAAUUGAAGAUAUUUAUUCUCUUCAUCAAGAGGAUGCUAUUCAUAGAGAUCUGCAUUCAGGAAAUAUAUUAUAUAAAAAGUAUACCAAUAAUUGGUAUAUUGGUGAUCUCGGAUUUUGUGGUCCUAUUGAUAAACCUUUAAAAAGCGCAUAUGGAAAUCUUCCUUACAUAGCACCAGAAGUUAUGUUUGGAAAAGAAAGUAGUAAAGCAUCAGAUAUUUACAGUAUAGGAAUGCUUAUGUGGGAGAUUUCAUCUGGACAACCACCCUUUGCUUAUUUUGAUCAUAAUUAUGAUCUUGUAAUGAAUAUAGUGAAUGGAAUGAGACCAAAUAUAGUUUCAGGCACUCCAUUAGAAUAUAAGAAAUUAAUGAUACAAUGUUGGGAUGCUGAUCUCUCACUAUUAGUUGCGUCAACUGGCGAACUAAUGGUCCAUGAUAAACCGACAGAAUUAAUAUUAUCAAAUAAACGUAUAGUGGUGAACCAAUUCCAAUAUCCUUCCAUUAUUAGUAUUAACAGCCUUAUUCAUUCAUCUUCGUCUUUCAGCAAGUCCACUACAAGAGGUAUGCUCUGUGUUGAAGAAUAUACAUUAGCUCGAUGA